CUUAUGUCUGAUUUUCUUGUUGUGCUCUUUCUUGUGUAGUCUGCGUCGCUAGGCAUGGCAGAUAAUGCACAAGGCUGGACUUCUAGUCCGGACGGCCGAGGUUCCAUGGACAUUAUCUUCUCUUCUCUCGCGACAUUCGGUCUGUGUAGCUGGUCAGUAAUCUGCGUUAACAUCCCACCGCCGCAUACGUCCUACUACAUGAACAUAUUCCGCAAAGUGUGGCUUACUCUGAUCUGCUUGCUUGGUCCGGAGUUUACAUUAGUAGCAGCCAUGGGUCAGUGGCAUUCAGCACGCAGAACUCUUCGUGCUUUCAAUCGGAAAGGCUUGGAACCUUGGUCUUUGCGACAUGCAUUUUGUGCGGAGAUGGGAUUCUGGUGGGCCGAGACAAGAGACAAUGUACGGUGGCCAUUGAACGGCAAAGCACUCGUCUAUCUGAUGGAGAACGAGCACAUUGAUCCAAAUUCGCGACGAGAGCUCCACAUUAGUAAAGAGGCCAUUGAUGAUUUGAACAAGUACGAUGGCUUCGCGCGCACGCUCGCCCAGGCUCAGUCCGCUUGGUUCACCAUAAAUUGCCUUGCGCGUUUUGCACAGGGGCUACCCAUCACUACGCUCGAAUUGACUGUCCUAGCCUUCUUCGUACCCGCGCUGGGAAUCGUAUUCUUUUGGAAAGACAAACCAAGCGAUAUUCAUACGACAAGGACCUUGCGACUGAGCUCGACCGUAGAAGAACUCCGCCAGAUUGCUCUUGCACAAGGCCAUAUCCGCACAUCUGAACCCUGGUUUGAAACACCACUUGAUUUCGUCGCUCGAGAUGAAUGGCACGGCUCACUGAUAUACACGUACUGGUUGAACACCCCGCUUUUUGCUUUCGGCAGAAAAAUGUUUCUAGGCGCAGAUGGAUCAGCAAAGCCGAUCAUUUCAAUGUCAGACAUGGCUCUACCGCCUCUAUCACUAGGUCUCGAGUUCGUUGAAGCCGCGUUUUCGGUUCCAUUUCUGGGCAUCAACUUCGUUGCCUGGUUCUGGCAUUUCCCCACACCAGUUGAGCAGUGGCUAUGGCGCAUUUCAUCGCUCGCUCUAUGCUUCACAUUUGGGCUGGGGUGCCUAGCGCACUUCCUGUGCUACCUCUGGCAUCCAAUCGAAAAGGCUCAGGCCGAGGCAAGACAGCAGCGCGCUGCGGAGAAGAAAUCGUGGUGGACGAAGCUGGCAGUGCGGUUGCGCAAUAACUCGCCGAACGAUGAUCCGGAUCUAGAUGUACCAUUGAGGAUUCUGUUACCGGGCCUCCCGCUAAUGUUGCUUUACGUGGUCUGUCGGUUGUACAUUUUCGUCGAGGAUGGACUAGCGUUUCGAUCGCAGCCAAGCGGAGUGUAUGAGAGCAUAGAUUGGAUGCAAUACCUGCCACACAUUGGAUGAGGUUAUGAAGGCUGCACUUUCACCUCAGGCUGUUCAAUAGGCACUCAAGAAUAUACAUUUAACGGCCUUCUUGGGCCGUAAUUAUAUUGACAAUAUGGUACAUGGGUUUUGCAUAAUUGUUAGAUGCUAGAUCGGUACCUUUUGUAUUCAAGUAAGGGUAUUAGAUA